UGUUCCCUGGCCACAGCACACGCGCCAAACGCACACCGGCCUUUGAAAACUUCGCCGUCUUUGUCCGCUUGCAAUUGCUACCACCCGUGCGUGCCAGCCAGCGCCAUGCAUGCAGCCAUAUCCCGGGCUCCUUAAUUCACGUCAAGAAAUCACAGAGCUCUCAGUCCAGCACACCGGGGUUCAGUGAGCUGUGCUCGAUCUUCAUCACAUCAUGGGGUGGACUCUUGCCGUGGCUGCUGCCGUCGUAGUGGCCUUACUGGUGUGCUGCUCCUGUGAGGUCCGAGGUAAGGAGGACGACGAUGUGCUGGACUCCCUCGUCGAUUUCCUGACCAAGCUCGCCGGUGGCGACGAGAAGACGGCGGGCGACCUCGGCUGGGACGCGUCGACCGACCCCUGCGACGGCACCGGCGGCCGCAACGGCAGCGACUCGAAGUGGGGAGGGACCGUCAAGUGCUUCGAGAACGGCGCGAGCAACGCCGGCCUGAUCAAGGUUAUCGACCUGCAAUCCCUAGGCCUCAGCGGCACCAUCGACGCGGAGUUGCUGUGCGCCGCGCCGGCGCUCCGCGUGGUGAGCCUGCAGAACAACAAGCUGCGCGGCGGCCUCCCCGCGGGCUUCUCGGCCUGCUCGGGCCUCACCCACCUCUACGUCGACCGCAACCAGCUCUCCGGCGCCCUGCCGAGCUCCCUCGGCAACCUCAGGAAGCUCCACGUGCUCGACGUCUCCAGGAACGACUUCUCCGGCGAGAUCCCCGCCGGCCUCAGCGACGUCCGCGGCCUCAUAAGGUUCAACGCGAACGAAAACCACUUCCAAGGCACCAUUCCUGAUUUCGACCUCGACAAGUUCGAGACCUUCAACGUCUCCAACAACAACCUCACCGGACCUAUCCCGAAGAACACCGGACGCUUCCGCGACGACAGCUUCGCGGCCAACGCCGCCGGCAUGUGCGGAGAGCCCAUGUUCUCCCCGUGUCCCUCCGGGUCCGGGGAGAGCAAAUCAAAGAAGACGCGAAGGAUCCUCAUGUACCUCGGGUACGUCCUCCUCGGCGCCGUCAUCGUGGCAUUCGUCGUGUACAAGCUUUGCUCCAGGAAGAGGAACAAGCUGGGCAAGAAGGCCAUGGUCGGCAAGGACACGUUCGACAGCAGCAACCCGACGACGACGACGACAAGCAAGUCGGCGUCGGCCUACUCGCUGCCGGCUUCGGCGGAGCGGAGCCCAGCGCGCAAAGGCGCGGCGUCGACGUCGCUGGUGGUGCUGCGGCGAUCGGGCACGGCCUCGGUCACAUCGACAGCUGCCGCCGCCGCGGCCAAGGACCUGCGGUUCGAGGACCUCCUCAAGUCUCCCGCGGAGCUGCUGGGGCGCGGGCGGUACGGGAGCUCGUACAAGGUGGCGGUGCCCGGCGGGGCGGCGCUGGCGGUGAAGCGGGUGAAGGACGCGUCGGUGAGCGACGACGAGUUCCGGCGGCGGAUGGAGCGGGUCGCGCGGGCGAGGCACCCGGCCGUCCUGCCGCCGCUGGCCUUUUACUGCGCCGCGCAGGAGAAGCUGGUGGUCUACGAGUUCCAGAGCAACGGCAGCCUCCACAAGCUACUCCACGGCUCUAUAGAGAGCAGCCAGGCCCCCCUUGACUGGCCGGCGCGCCUUCACAUUGCCACCAAGGUGGCCGACGGCAUGGCCUUCUUACACGCCGCCAUGCGCGGCGACGGCGCGAGCUCCUACGCCUCCUCCACGUCCUCCUCCAUCGACUCCGCGGCGGCGGCGGAAGGCGCCAUCGCCCACGGCGCCCUCAAGUCCACCAACAUCCUCUUCACGGCCGGCAUGGAGCCCUGCAUCAGCGAGUACGGCGUCGUCGCGCCGCCGCUGGCCGCCGCCGUAGGGAGCAGCCGGAGCUCCGGCCUCCGCGCGGACGUGCGCGCCUUCGGCGUGCUUCUGCUGGAGCUGCUCACGGGGAAGGCCACGGCGGCGCAGGGCGACGGCGCGGAGCUGGCGCGGUGGGUGACCUCGGUGAUCCAGGAGGAGUGGACCGCCGAGGUGUUCGAUCGCGCGCUGCUCUCCCGCGACGGCGUCAGCGAGCAGCGGAUGGUGCGGCUGCUGCAGGUCGCCAUGAGGUGCAUCGACGCCUCGCCCGGCGAGGUGCCGCCGACCAUGAGGGAGGUCGCCGGGAUGAUCAAUGCCAUCCGCGAGGAGGACGACAGGUCUGUGUCCAUGGAAGCGUGACAGGAGCACCGAACCAGUCGGCAGUCUGAGAGUUCUCCAACCUCUGAUCGGUGCUAUAUAUAUGUGUGUAAGCAUAUCUAGUUAGUUGCAUUUGAGAUUAUAUUCAUCACACUCCCAUGUUGAACUUUCCUUCACUCAGUGACUACAAAGAGCUCUAGUCUUAAUUUUUCAUUGCACACACAGAGUUGUGUGCAUCAUACACAACUGUUCAUGGAAAUAAUAUUCACGCUCAACGAAC